UUAUACAUAACUCAGCACUCAGCAGUUGAUAGCUGAUCGUUGUGCGCGUAGGUACUGUGCGUUUGAGUUUUGUAACAAUUUAAGUAUCUAUUUCAUUUGAGGUGUGCUACCCUAAAAUGUAUCAAGAUGACAUCUAAACUGUGUAAUAUGAAAGUGGUUUCGUUAUUCUUCGAACCUAAUCACCCUAAACGUUUUUUUAAGUAUAGUUGACCGUAAUUUCUUCCGUUCCGGUUUUUUCGGUACGGACAUUGUCAGAAAGCUAGUGUAUUAUUUGACGCGGCUAAAGUUGAGCGCUUUCAUAUGAAUAUUGCAGUGUGUUUUUAAGUAUUUUGGGGUAUUUUUUUUUUAAUUUGGACAAAUAAUUAUAACUGGAGUGAACUCUGAAUAAAUAAUUGGCUUUCGGAAAAGAUUUACAUAACAUCAAACCAAAAUGCCAGGCAAACAAAAUAGUAAUGAAAGGCCAAAAUACCCUCGUAUACAUUCGUAUGGGAGCAUGAGCUCGGCAAGAAGUGACGACGAUAUGACAGUCCAUAGCCAACUAUUUCCCUACCCGAAAAAAAUGAUAGUGCCGAGAGAAAUUUUGUACGAAGAAGAACAUCCACCGUUCCAACCGCUAUUUGCUACCAGCAGGAUUUUUGGAAAAGCGAGAUUCACCUGUCUUUUAUCGAUUUAUAUAAUCUUCUACACCUCGUACUUGCUGUCUGGUGCUUUAGUGUUUUCGGCUCUUGAGACACCGUUAGAGAAUCAGGUUUUGCUGGACGUCAUCCGCGCUAAGCAAGACUUCGUAAAUAAAUAUCCUAACGUCAUGGCUGACGAUUUGGAAGUGCUCCUGGAUGAAGUAGUUCGAGCUAGUAAUCGAGGAGUAUCUGCAUCAAGAAAUGUAAGCGGUGGACCUAACUGGAGUUUCGGACAAUCCCUUUUCUUUUCUUCCACCGUUGUUACCACUAUUGGCUACGGUCACGUUACUCCAUUAUCUAAGCCUGGCAAGUUGUUUUGUAUAGUCUAUGCACUUCUGGGUAUUCCCCUGACUCUGGUGUUGCUAUCAGCUCUGGUGGAAAGACUUCUGCUACCAGCCACUGCCUUGCUGAGGUCAUUGAAUUCUGCUCUGGGCCAUUUGUAUCGACCCUUUACUAUACGUUUAGUUCACCUCAUGAUCAUUGUCAUGAUCCUGGUAGUGUUCUUCCUGAUGGUUCCGGCCGCGAUUUUCGAUUCGCUUGAGCCGGAGUGGGACUACCUGGACUCCUUCUAUUACUGCUUUAUUUCCCUCACUACUAUCGGGCUUGGGGACUAUAUACCUGGUGACUAUCCAGACCAGCCCUAUCGUCCCCUGUACAAGGUUGCCGCUACAUUUUAUCUAAUCAUCGGUUUGACGUUCUUGAUGUUAACGCUCACCGUCUUUUAUGAUAUACCGCAACUGAAUCUCAGCACUGUUUUCUCAUCAAUGAAGCUGGAUGAAGAUCCUGAGAAGAUGCGUUUAAGUGGAUCUGGAGUCAUGGGGCCUGGAUAUGGAAUUGGAGGUUUGGUGAUGAGGGAUGAUUACAACCAUCAUGACCAGCGACGUUCAGUGGUUCACAUUCGACCUCAUUUGGAUGACAGCCCCAGCCCUGAGGACACUACACCAGUCCAUGCAAGGGAUAUCCGAGUACAUUAAACAGUUUAUAUGACAGGCUUAUGCUAUCCUAAGUAGUAAAACACAUUUAUGAGUUUAUCCAAUUUAUUAUUACAGUUAGUUGAGGCUUAUUAAUGUGUCACUUUUAGUAAUCAUAAUCAAAAUGUGUGUUAUAAUAGUAGGUGUGACAAGCAUUUGAAAAAAUAUGUAAUCUAAUGUCUUUUUCAACAUAAAAUACAAAAAAAAAAAAUGCCCCAAAAUCAAUAUUUAAAAGCUUUGUUCAAAAGUAUUUCCUUAUGUUAUAUUAAAAUAUUGUAGAUUCUAUGUUUUUUGUUUUGUGUAACUGAGUGUAUAUUGGAAUAAAAAGAUUAAAGUCGCUUUUUUGGCAACCGUCCUUCAAUUUUUUUGUCGUAAGUGAAUAUCAGUUACUGGCAUGAGAUGGCAAUUUUUUUGUUAAAAAAAAAAACGAACGAAGUUCGUUGUAAGACUGAGGAGGUUUUAAAAUUUUCUCAUUUUUCUAUUUCAAUUUAUAGAAAUCUAUAUAAAGAAAUUUAUGAAAACGUCACGAAUUUCGAUUUUUUUUAAUCUGACUGAGAAACGUAUCCCUCUUUACUGUAUACGUUUUAAAACCUGCUGAUGGCAUCCUUCAGACCUUAAUCGGCACUAAAUUUUAAAUGUAAUGCAACUUUUAAUAGACGUAAGUACAAAAAAAUAUUGAAAAAUCUAUAUUUAUAUAAAUUUAAUCUUUGACGUAUCAAUUGUGUGUGAUAGAUGACCAACAGUAUAGUUUUUCAUAUAUGCGUAGAACAUGUAUAUGUAGAUUGUAGAAAAUUAUAUUGUAUGUGAUUGUAUAACCGUUUAUCUAAAAUGUGUCAAUAUCUAAAUGUUUAUAGAUACGAAUAAAUGUGUAAUCAUAUAUCUUGUAGAUUAAAAUUAAUACACUCAGCUUUGAGAAUUUGUGUUAAGUAUCGUAAUUUGUUUAUAAAAAUAAAUCUUAGUUUUCUUUAAUUAAUUCUUGAAUAUAUGCUUUGAAACCGUUAAAAGCCAUUGUUUCGAUAUGCUUACAAAUGUGGCUGUGACAACACAUUGUGUAUAUUUCAAUUUUAUGUUGCAAAUUUUAGAUGCUAAAUUAAAUCUAUGACAAUAUUACAAAAGCUUAUGACAAAAUAAAUACUCUAAUAAACAAUAUAUUUUUUAUGGUAUUCAAAAUAAACAUUUUAAUAUCUAUAGUAUAUAGUAAAUGUUUCGCUUAUUCAUAGUAUUUAUGAAGCAGUUUCAAAAAGGUUAAAAAUUCCUAGUAGGUAAACCUCUAUAAAACAAGUGACAUUAUUGUAAGUAGUGUUGCAAAAACUACGUAUUGUAUAUCACCUAGUAUGUACCUCUAUCAAAAACUUACAGGGAAUUUAAUUUGAAAAAUUUAUAUUUCAAUCAUUGUAUACUAUAAUUUAUCAAAAAUAUAAACUAAUAAUUUCAUAAAAUAAAAUUCCAACAUUAUUUACCUACAUGUUACAAUGUAAUUGUCUUCAAAGUAUAUAAAUAUAUGGAUAAUUAAUAUUUAUUUACACCCUAAUACGAAUAAUUAGUAAUUAGAAUGUAAAAUUUAUAGAUCUACAACACUGAAUAGCCGUAUUAUAUGUCGUAUUUAAAAACAUGUAUUGAUGCAAUUAAAAUAAACUCGAUUAAAGUAG